CGUCGCUGCUGUUGGUUGUCAGUGUACAGACAUGGCUGUUUUUAGUAAAAUACCACACAACUGCUACGAGAUAGGUCACACCUGGAACCCGUCGUGUGCGCAGUCUGCUGUGGAUGUAACCAGGGGUGCUCUGGAGGUCUCCUUCAAAAUCUACGCCCCUCUUUACCUGAUAGCAGCUGUUCUAAGGAGAAAGAAGAAGGACUACUAUCUAAAAAGGCUUCUUCCAGAGAUCCUAUGGUCUACCUCUUUCCUCACUGCCAAUGGAGGUCUCUACAUUGUUUUCUUCUGCAUCCUCAGGAAACUGUUUGGAGGGUUCUACUCCUGGUCUGCCGGGUUUGGCUCGGCACUUCCUGCCUCCUAUAUUGCCAUCCUCCUGGAGCGCAAGAGCCGGAGAGGGCUGCUGACAAUAUACAUGACAAAUCUUGCCACUGAGACUUUGUUCCGCAUGGCUGUGACACGAGGCAUCGUCAAACCCAUCAAACAUGGCGAGGUGCUGUUGUUCUGCAUAACAGCAUCACUCUUCAUGUUCUUCUUCAGGAAUAAAGAUGGUCUCAAAGGCUUUGCAUUCUCUGCAUUAAAGUUCAUCAUUGGAAAAGAAGAGAUUCCAACUCACUCUGGCCCGGCAGAACAUGUCUGCACGAGGUCUCUUGAGAGGACAGCAGCUACAGAGACUGAGGGUUCACAGGCGCCAGCAGAAAGGCCGAGCUCCAGGAGGAAAACUCUGCUAGCCUACACCAGGGAACUGCUGGAAUCAAUAUGCAAACAUGGUCCAAGACACAGAUGUUGUAAACAUUACCAAGACAACUGCAUUUCAUACUGUGUUAAAGGUUUUGUCAGGAUGUUCAGUGUUGGCUACCUGAUUCAGUGUUGUCUAAAAGUGCCCUCAGCAUUCAGGCAGAUGUUCUCCAAACCUUCACGGCUCCCCUCCCUGUUCUACAACAAAGAGAACUUCCAGCUAGGGGCAUUUCUAGGGUCUUUCGUCAGUAUCUACAAGGGAACAAGCUGCUUGCUGCGCUGGGUGCGUAACAUUGAUGAUGAACUCCAUGCACUGAUAGCUGGCUUCCUGGCUGGGAUUUCAAUGUUCUUCUACAAAAGCACGACAAUAUCCAUGUAUCUCUUCUCUAAGCUGGUGGAGACCAUGUACUUCAAGGGCAUUGAGGCUGGCCAGUUUCCAUACUUUCCUCAUGCAGACACAGUCCUGUAUGCCAUCUCCACUGCUAUCUGUUUCCAAGCUGCUGUGAUGGAAGUGCAGAACCUCAGGCCUUCAUACUGGAAGUUCCUGCUGCGGUUAACUAAGGGCAGGUUUGCUCUGAUGAACCGACAGUUGCUAGAUGUGUUUGGAACUCAGGCCUCCAGGGACUUUAAAGGCUUUGUACCCAAACUGGACCCUCGUUACACUACUGAGCUUCCACCAGGAGCCGACAUCCAACUCGGAUGACUUGGGGACCAGGCUCUGGGGGCUUUAGGGUUACCUCAACAGGAAGUGGACAGUUUGUCUGUUCUUAAGGAUUUUUUAAAUGGGGUUCAGAAGUGGUGAGGUUGUUUUAUGACCUGGGAUAUGCUUUGAAGGAUGUAAAAGCCUAAGAUCUGUCCAAAGCAGGGUGUCAUGAGUGUUUCACAAGCACAUUUACUGAUUGGGAUUGUGUGUAUACAGGUAACUGGUGAAAUACUAAAUGAAACACAUAAUUUUGUUAAACUGACAAGGAUACUAAAAUUGACAAGUAUUUUAAAGUCCUAAUGAAACUCUUAAUCGCACAAGACAAAUAAGAAGAAAAAGAAAGCCACCUAAAUUAUUCAUUUAUACUUUUGUCAAGAUGUCAGUUUGCAUUUGGCAUGAUCAUGUUAACCUGCUCUACAAGGUAUCGAUAGCAGCAUUAAGUAUAUAUGGUCAGUUCACUGACAAAAAAAUAAGAGAAACAGAAUUUGUUUUAUUGGAAAAUAAAACUGACUCCACUUAGGAUGCAAGAUCAUUCAUUUUAUCCUUUAAUCAAAAUGUUUCUCCUUUUUGCAAGUUACCUGUAAAUUGGUACUGACUGAACUCAGUUUGAUUAUUUGGAUGGCUACUUUCUCAUCAGAGGUGAAACUCGGUAAUCUUUAUGGAGCAGGCAUCUGAUUUGAUACAUGAUUUCAAGGAGAAAGAAUGUCUGAAAGUGCACUUUUUCAAGAUAGUGGGUGCAGCUGAUGAGAUAUAAUCAAUUAUGUAGCCUUAUCAAAUAUUUUAUUGUGUAGUCGACAAUGGGAGAUGUAUUUAGAUUGUGUUCUAUAAUGUGAAACACAGAGGCAGAAAGUCACCUCAUUUAACCGGUCACAUUAAUUUUUCCCCCAUAACUUAAUUGAUUUUUUUUUUUUUUUUCAAAUUUAGUUGAGCAUUUUUUUUUUAACUCACAUUGGGGUUUUUUAUUUAUUUAUUUUUUACUGCACUUGAAAGUAGGUAUUUGAAUUGAGUGGGUCACCUUUAAAGAUACUUAAUGGGGUAAAAGAAAGCACGAAGGACCAAUUUGGAAGUUAAUUUUGGGUACAAAAAUGUUUGGAGAGAAAAUCUGUUUUAAGAGGUUUUACUGUGAUUACAUCUCAUUAACUGGAAAAAAUAUUGGUAAUUUCAACCUGAACACAUAAAUUGAAAGUAAAUACAGCUAAGGAAAUGUAGUAAAUCCAUGGUUUACUGAUAAACCGUAUUGAGAUUACCACCACCAGGUUAUUGGUUGAAAUCAUGUUAAGGUGGGAAAUCAGAACAUGUUUACACUAUAUGCAGAGCACUGACCUGAUUACUUUAAAACCUGUAUUUACAAUUUGCAGGUUGUUAGUAAUCACAUUUCUCCUGUAGCGCAUUUUCAAAAAGAGAUUGGUUUAAUUUAAGUAUAUAAAAGUUAAUGUUAUAUAAGAAAUAUGUUGUCAAAUAUUUGGCUACAGCCGGAAGAGAUUAUUUGAUCCCCAGGACUCUGAACUUUGCAAACUAUUUCAUUUAGACUACUUUAUUUUUGUUUCAGAUAUAGUUUAACUUUGGAUUUAAUUAUUUUGGUUACAUGGACGUACAGCUACAAAUAAUGAUUUUUCUAUUACGCCCACUGCCCUGCUGUGACAAUGAAACGUUCCCUGGCACUUCUACACAUAUUUGGCACAUGGUUGAAAUCGGAUACUUGGUGUCUCUUCCACCUCUGUUUUACAGUAAAAUCCAGAUGUUCUCUACAAUUAAUGCAAAAAUUGUUUAGGACUGUUAGGAUAAACUUGUAAAAUGCAAAUGCAGUGGAAACAAGAUGUGCAGAUCCAUAUAAUUCUGAAAAAGUUCUGAACCACAAAAUAUGUAGUCCACUCAAAUUUAAAAAAGUCAUUGCUUCAGUUAGCCUGAGCCAUCAUUUUCAUUUUGUUCUGUGGAGGUGUUUAUGUUAGAAAUUACUUCACUGAUUAAUAUUUACUAAUAUAGGCCAAACCCAAACACAGUUUGAAUUAAAUAUUGUUGUGCUUUCACAAGCCCAUAGAAUAUCAAGAAAAUGGUGUUAGCUGUUUGCAUUUUAAUUAUUACUUACUGGCAAUUCCAAGGUGAACCCCAUUGUUUAAAAUCCACAUUGAUUGAAACAUUGUUUACUGAGAAACUUGGUGCCACAUCAAAGCGUUUUCCUGAUCAAGGUUUCUGUGAAUAAAAAGCGCACAGCUCAAUAUGCUUUUGUUUUUGAUUUGUGUUGCUGAGAGAUAAGGAUGUCUGCCAGAAAGAUAAUUUGAGUUUUAAACCUGUUUUCUGAAAAGCGUGAACAUCUUUUACUAAGUGAUAGAGAGUCACAGUUCCUGAAUUAAUGGGGACUGUGGGUAUAUCUGUGGUUCAUGUAAUAUUUCAGUGCCCAGCUUAAGUAACACAGUUGCAUCUUCAGUUUUUCAAGUGGACCAUUCGUGACAGCUUCAUUCCAGAUGUGAAAUGAUUACAUAUACUUAGACUGUAAAAUUGUUACGUUGUCUUGUACUAGUCUCAUAUUUCUGGCAGUUAUUUGAACUGUCAAGUUUGUUUACUUCCAGUUUGAAUUCAGUUGUUCAGCCCAGCUUUAGACACAUCUGACCUCCAUACCAGAAGCCAUGAUUGUAAAAAAUACAGUGCAAAUUUCAUGUCUAGACUAAAGUAGAAGUGUUUUAAAAAAGUGAAAUAUUUACUAAAUCUAUCAUAGAAUUACAAUACAACUGUAUUUGACCUAUUUAAAAAGGGUGUAUAUUAAAAUAUUUUUGGAUUCCAA